GCUGGUUGGCAAUCGACAGCUGCUUUUGUUUUCUGUUUUGGGUUUGUGAUCAAGUUUGUCUUUGCUCGAGAUUUGUGUCAUUUUGGCGUCUGCUGCAUUCUCUUAGAAUGUGCUACAAGAGAGCCAAAGCUAUUCUGGUUGCCGAGACGAGUGUCUUGCGUUUUCUCAGGCCGUCCGGUGCUGCCAUGCUCACUUAAAAGCAACCGGAUUCGGAAUGGCAGCGAGCGCGAGCAACGAGUGCUCGGAAGCCACUCGGGUGCUUCUGGUGGACCCGCAGUCGCUGCCGGUUCUGCUGCAAGGCGACCCCCAAGGGAAUGCCGGCGACAUCCCGGUGGACCUGCUGCAGCAAGCCCUCCAGGGCGCGGCGGGCAUCCAGGACGACGACGCCACCCAGGACGAGUCGGCCGAAGAGGUUAGCCUGGAUGCACUGGCCGUGUCGGGUGUCAACAAUGACAAUGAAGUUGUGGCCAUCUACCAAGGAGAAGGCGGCCAGACGCACACCAUCAAGAUUUCACUCGCUGAGGCUCAAUCACUUGGCCUGCAAUUCACCAACGACAGUUUCCCAGAGUCGCUGAGCAAUGGCACGUUGGUCGAAGACAUCAAAGGAAACCACUUGGCCGUAGAGCAAGGAGGUACCAAUGGCUCGAUUGCAUUGAAUAAUGGUGGUCUUUUGCAAGGAGUGGCUUGUUCUAAUGUUACGUCUGAAGGGAGGAUCAUCGACACGGAUGGCAAUAUUGUCGAAACCACAGAAGCAUUGCAGAUUCUUCCAGCGUCACUUUCCUCAUAUCUAUCCGAUGGUUUGAAUCAUUCUUUAUCCCUUGUGCAACAGUAUGAUCUUGAUGGGACAGUGACUUACGCUGUCAAACUUAAAGAUCAGAAUGAUACAGUCAUGGGAACGGAUUAUCACAUUUUGGAGCCAGAUAGCUCCGCGAAGACUGGCCUAGACAUUGAAGAAGAGUUAAAAGAGGCCAACUUGAAGCAGAAUAUUCUUCAGUCCUCACAAACUAUUCCUGCAGAGUCCAUUGGAUUGACUGCGUCUGUUACUUUGAACAAUGACUCAAAUGCAAUACAAGUACCAAUUUCCACAUUGGAAGCAUUAUCAAAGCAAAUAAUACUUCCAGCUUCUAAUUCAUCUGUACCUAUCUCAGUCACACUUGCCAUUCCAACUGAAACUUCAGUGCAAUCUCAAACUCCCAUUGUAUCAUCAAGUGAUCUGUCUUCUACAACUGCUAAUAAGUUUUAUCAAAUUGUGACCAACCGUAAUAAUGUAAUAUCCUCAGGUGCUUCAACUCCCUUCACCACCCUUGUACCACAACAAUCUCUUACAGUAAACCAACAGCACUCACAGCUCGCCAGUUCUGCAGCACUCUUGAAUGUUCAAAACACAGCAGCUGUAGCACUCUUAAGCAAUAACAGGAAUAUUGCACCUAGAAUAGAUAAGUUGCCAACUCUUUUACCAGCACCAAAAGGAAUGUCAAACUCAGGUGUAAAGACUAUAACAGCAUUAAAAAAACAACACUUAUCUACCAAUGUAAUAAGUCCAGCUGUGACAGCCACUUCAUCUGUACACACACCAGCAAUGGCUUCUGUUGCACCAAUCACAACUCAACCAAACUUGGGGACCGCAUCCAGUUCAAAGUCUCUUUUACUAAAUAAUAGAACACCUUCAUCCAAUUCUAAUUCAACAAAGCCUUUAGGAUCAAGUGAAAAUCCUAUCCAGCUAGUUCAGCAAGGACAGACAUUUCAUAGCAUGCAAGCUCUGAGUCAGGCCCAACUUCGUCAAAUUGCCACUGUAUUGCAGCAAAAGCACCUUAGUUCAAAUUCCACUGAGACCAAAAAUGUCCUGUUUGAUGAACAAACAAAGACUCGAAUUGUGUACAGGGUAGUAUACCCUGAGGAUGUUGAUCUCCAGCAACCCUCAUCUCCUACCGGAGGCCCUGGUAGCAUGUCAGCUAAAAGUUCUAGUCGCGUCAAGGGUAGGCGUGGUCGACCUGUUAGGAGCAAGCGUUCAAAGCAACCAGGCACUGAUAGGAGCUCACUGAAAGCAGAAAGAGGCUUCGUAUCUGAAGAUCCUGCUACCUUACAAGUAGCUGACAAUGGAAAGGAAGUUGAAUCAAAAGAUGAUAGUACACCUGCAGAGGAGGCACCUAAGAUUGACAAGAAGAAAGCUUCCGGGUCUAGAACAAGAUCUGGUCGCGUAAUCCGCCCCCCUAAGCACAUGAUGAAAGAUUUCAAACGCUUGCACUACACAGAUUUUAAAGAGCGAGAUGGAAAUGAUUCUGAUGGUGGCUACUCAGACUACAGUAACCCAGAACAGCCAGUUGAGACACCUCCCCAGAAGGAGGUUGAAGUUGAACUUUUACCAGUGAAAAAGAAAAUAUCACGCUUUAGCUGUCCCACUUGUCAAAAAUUGUAUCUUGGCCUUGGCCGAAUGGAAAAACAUUUCCAGCAACAUCCAGACCAUGGAUGUUUUGAAGAAUUUAAAAAGCAACUAUUUGCCUCAACACCUGGAGGUGCUACAAAUGAAGAGACAUCUGGAGAAGCAGAGGCCAAAGCCUCCAUAUCUAAAUCUAAUGUAGCCAAGGGAAAGAAAAGAAGCCAGAGUUCUAGUCAGUUAGAAAAAGAGCGGGCAGAGGUGCGCAAGCGUAAAUUAAAGCUGGCACUUCAAGCUUGUGAUGUUUCGGAAAUUAUUGAAGUAGCUGGCCCUUUAAUUGCCCGCUACUCCUCUUUGUGGGAUCUUUUACUAUUAAGACUCAUGGCUGAAGAUGAGAAGAGAAUCGAGAAAGACAACAAUGCAGAGAUUAUUGAAGUCAAUAAAAAUGGAUCAGGGAAACCUGUGAAUGCGGACUCUCUGGACAAACCUACUAUUCCAGUCAAGAGUUUGUCUGAAGACCUACAUCGCCGCUCCACCUCAAAUAGAGUUCAGUGGUUGUUGAUGGAGCUUGGCUCCCUAGCAGACACACUCCAAUCUUUGGCCACAGAAUUAUUUCAACCAGCUAUGAUGCAUGGUGACAAAAAGGACCACAUAGAGAUAAAUAAAAAAACUGUUUCUGGGUUACUUGGAGUAAGCUGUGGGGUAUACCGUGUGAAUGAGGAACAUUUACUCAAGAGAAUGGAAUUGGUGUCUGCCAACUUAAAACAAAAAAGCUACAGUGAUACAGACACCCCUCCAGAAAAGAAAUCCAGGAAUCUCAGUGAAGCUGUUGACAUAAGAUUAAAUUUGAAUCAUGAAGUUCCAGGUUCAGGAGUAUCCUCUGAAGAUAUCUCAUCUCUAUCACUGAUGGUUAAACCAGUUGAUCCGGACAAGGUGUUGCUGACAAAGCUUUCUGAUGAGGAUAUGCCUUUCUUGAACUCCAGUGAUGACAUGAUUUGCGGAAGUGAGGACCCUGAUCUCUCCACUGACAGCAAGCGAGACCAAGAUGCUGGCCUUCAGGUUGUGGAUGAUAUUGUCAAUGAGCGGCUGAAAAACUUAAGUGAUAAUAUGAACUUUGCAGUUCCGCUGCAGAGUGGUUUGAAUACAUCUAGUUUAAAUGGGGAGCAAUCAGGACUCCAUCUCAUAACAGGCUUUCAAGGGGUUGAGAACUCCAUAUCAGUUAGCAAUUCCACUGUGAUAUCUAAUAACAUAACAGAAAACAAGCCAGCCGUAAGUGUGUCUAGCAUGGACUUGAUUAGUUCUUACUCCAUACCUUCGCUGUCUUCAACUGGUACUCACAAUGUGAAUUCUGAACCUUCGAAUGAAUUAAAUUUAGAACCAGUAACUAGUCAAAACAUGCUGGGUAGUUUUGAAAUAGGCCUAUCUUCUCUGAGUACUUUUGAUGCUCUUCAGUCACAGUCUUCAAAUGUACCUCACUCUGAGGACAGCUUCCUAGAAAGCUUAAGUUCGUUUGAAACACCUCUCACUCAAUCAUGUAGUUCUGCAAGUGCACCAGUGUCUUCCUUUGAUGAUGGAGUUAUGAAAAAUAGUUCAAUGCUGCAGCUGGAAAGUGGAACGACUGAUUCACCUCGGCCACCUCCUAAAUUUAUUUCUACUUUCACACCAGCUGUAACAAAUGAUAAGACAACCUCUAUUUCAACUGCUCAGAGGUUGCAGAGAAGCUAUUUAGAACUUGAUAGCGGACUUGAUGAUGGCUUAGAUUUAGACUUUGAGGCCUUCACACAGGAAUUGGGCAUGAAUAGGAACAGUAGUUCGUAAGAAACAUAUUUAUGAUUACAAUCAGGUUGCUAGGGGAAAUUUGAAUGUUUGUGGGAACUUGUGAUUUACUUUUAUUGAGGUACUGACCAUCUGUGAUUUUUUUCUCCUCUUCUAUUAAUAAAUAAUAAUGUAGAGCUCAGUUUCAGUAUUGACAAUGUGCCACCUUUCAUGAGUUAGCUUUGCUCAGAAGCCCCCAUACUGAAUUCUACUGGUUUUAAAAUGUGAGAAGUUACAGUCACAUUUACUGUUUGUUUUGUUGUAUUUUAUUCGUUAGGAUUUUAUAUGGUUUAGAUUUUCUUACAUUAACAGAAAGUAGUUUUAAUUUUGUUAUUGUAAGUACGCAUCAUGGCUUUUAAAUCUAGUUCUUUAAAGUCGUCCCCUUCACAAACAAACUCCUCUUUUGUUUGCAAAAAUAUAAUUUUGUCUUUCUGA